GUUUCCUCCUCCCGCUGAUGCUGCAGAGCGGGUUCUGCAAUCCCCGGGGUUUGUGCUCUGGGGCGGGGAGGUUCCUCUCCCAUUGCAGCUCCUCUCUUUGCAUCUGACAGUGUUUUGCUGCCGGGUCCCGGCGCCAGGGGAGGGUUUGGGCAGCGCUCACAGCUCCGUCCAUGCGCAGCCCUUCGUAGGAGCCCGUGAGGGCAGCGCUGCUGGAGAUGCAGAGCACCCCAAACUACCUCUGGAGCACCGAGGACUGCCUGGGCCAGGGGGCCACAGCCUGUGUCUACAAAGCUCGCAACAAGAAAUCAGGGGAGCUGGUUGCUGUGAAGGUCUUUAACAAUGCCAGCUACUUGCGGCCCCAGGAGGUCCAGAUGAGGGAGUUCGAGAUGCUGAGGAAGCUGAACCAUAAAAACAUCGUCAAACUCUUUGCUGUAGAGGAGACAGGCAGCACCAAGCAGAAGGUGCUGGUGAUGGAGUACUGCUCGAGCGGCAGCUUGCUGAGCGUGCUGGAGGACCCGGAGAACGCCUUUGGCUUGGCUGAGUCCGAGUUCCUCAUCGUGCUGCAGUGUGUGGUGGCAGGGAUGAACCACCUCCGUGAGAACGGCAUUGUGCACAGAGACAUCAAACCAGGCAACAUCAUGCGGCUGAUGGGGGAAGACGGGCAGAGCAUCUAUAAACUGACUGAUUUUGGGGCCGCCCGAGAGCUGGAUGAUGAUGAAAAGUUUGUGUCCGUCUAUGGGACAGAAGAGUAUCUUCACCCGGACAUGUACGAGCGCGCGGUGCUGCGCAAGCCGCAGCAGAAACUGUACGGCGUCACCGUCGACCUCUGGAGCAUCGGCGUCACCUUCUACCAUGCUGCCACCGGCAGCCUCCCCUUUGUCCCCUUCAGGGGGCCGCGCCGGAACAAGGAGACCAUGUACAAAAUAACCACUGAGAAGCCCCCUGGAGCCAUUGCAGGGGUCCAGAGGCAGGAGAACGGGAGCAUUGAGUGGAGCUACGAGCUGCCCCUCACCUGCCGCCUCUCCACGGGGCUGAAGGACCAGCUGAUUCCCAUUCUGGCCAACAUCCUGGAGGCGGAUCAAGAGAAAUGUUGGGGAUUCGACCAGUUUUUUGCAGAAACAAAUGACAUUUUGCACAGGAUCGUGGUGGACGUCUUCUCCCUGCCACAGGCUUCCUCCCACCGCAUCUACAUCCACUCCUACAACACUACCACCAAGUUCUUAGACGCUGUCUUCAAACAAACGAACGUAGCCCCUCACCACCAAGAGUACUAUUUUGAAGGGCAUCAGUACGAGUUGGAUCCGAAUCUACAAGCUCAGAACUUCUGCAGAACCACAGAGCACAACCCUCUGACCCUGCUGAGCAUCGCCGAGCAACCAGAAGACGUGGUAGGAGUCAGAUACAGAGACCCGGCACUCGACUUUCCAAAGCUGCUCCCCAAGGUGGACGUGGUGGCUGACUGCAGCGCAGCCAAGAGCGCGGUGGGUGCCGUGCACCAGACCCUGCGCAUCGCCUGCGCCCUGCAGUGCUGCCAGGAGCUGCUGGCGAGGGGCCUUCGCUGGGUGAUUGGGAACCUGAAAAUGGAGUGCUUGAGGGUGCUGGAGCAGAGGAGAGGGGCUCUCUCGGUGCUCUCCUGCCUGCAGCUCACUGAGGUGAAGACCCACAUGCUGUAUGAGGCUGUUCCUGCAGGCAGCGGGGUGCCGGCUCUGAAGGAUGUGGCCGUGGUGAAGACAAGGCUGCAGAGGGUCGCCGAGGAGCUCUCUCAGUGCUCUCACAACAUCUUUGACUUCCAAGGGGCACUGGAUGGCAUUUUGGCUGAGCUGGUGAAGCACGGGCAGCAAGUGCAUGAAGACAAGAGCAUCCGGCAGAUCGAGUGCUGCCUGGAGAAGAUGCAGCUCAUCUAUAAGCAGUUCAAGAAGGCCAGGACAAGCCUGCGGCUGGGCUACAAUGAGGAGCAAAUACACAAGCUGGAUAAGGUGAAUUUAGGACAUCUGGCCAGGAAGGUGCUGUUGAUUUUCCAGGAUGACUGUGUCCAGCAGUACCAGGAGGCCCUGGCCCUCCAUGCCAGCAGCAUGAGGAAAGUCUGUGAGAUAAAGAAGCAUCUGAAGAGGCUCAGCAACUGCAUCAGCGCCUGCAGCGUGGAGAUGAUGGAGUGCCAGGACUGCCUGCAGAGCGCUCUGGACAGGUUUCUCCAGCCUGAGAAGCAGAGUUUGGCCCUGGUUCCUCCUGCUCCUCCCCCUGUCCCUGUGAGCCAGGCACAGCAGGACAUGGCUUUCUGGAUGCAGGAGCUCCUGGAGCAGAUGAGGUCAGUAACUUGUAAUCUCCAGCUCAACAACAGCAUCAUCGAGCGGUUACGUGGGGCUGCCCCCACUCCUGGUGUUUGAGACAUGGUGAACUUGUAGCUGCUGAAGCCGACAGCUUUCCACAUCAGGGAACGCUCACGGCACUUUGGGUCUAGGGCAAUGGAGACGUCUGAUGUUCAUGUUUGAGAAGCGCUCUGUGUCCUACCUCUCCCCUCCAGCACUUUUGCACAGUUCCCCAGCAUUAGCUUUGAGUGGCUCAUAUGCCUUGAACCUUUGAAAGUUGGACCAGAAAAUACGGUGUUUGGGGGAUUUUUUUCCUUUUAAAAAGUGCUUGAAGGACUUCAUGUUUUUCCAGUUCCUCUGUAUCACCAUGUUGAAUGAUGAAGAGGAAGAGGCUAGAACAGCUAAAUUCUCUUUUGCCCUCUUGGUAUGGGAUUACUCCCACUUUUAACAUACUUCUGGUCCCCGUGUCUUCACGGAGCAGGGCACGAGGGAUGCUGUACCUGAUGGAUGAGAGACUGGAUCAAGCCCAGGACAGCUCCAGCACUGGGAAGGUGGGAGCCACAGACCUCAGCCCGCUGGUGCUGCCACCUCUCCUCCCAUUCCCUCUUUGGGUUUGGGAAUGGGAAGCCAAGGGCGGCUUCUCUUUUUUGGUACGUUUCUGCAACUGUACCCGAGUCCUGUGUGGAUGCACGUUGUCUCCAAACAACCCUGUACUGAAACUGAGGCUCCAGCCAGCGAACCUGGGGGAGCUACUGAAUGCCAAGGCAAAAUCUCAGACAAAAGGGCUCCCACAUGCCCUCUCCAGGGCAAGGGAAAGCAGGGAUGCUUCUUUUUGCUUCAGAUUAAAGGGUGGUAAGCAGCCACCCCUGCCAUUAACACACGGGCGAAA